AAGAUGUUGCCAAAUGCACAGAGGACCUCAACUAUGUUUAAAGUACUUCUGAUAUUUUUUCUACCCUCAAGGACAGGCUUCAUCGCAUCUGCUGCUGUAUUUCAAAAGAAAGUCCUGGAGACCUUCACUGCAGGCGAAACUAUAACUUUAGAGUGCUUGAUAUCUCAAAGCUAUGAAAACUAUUUCUCUUGGUUCAGGCAAUCUCUGGGAGAAGCUCCAAUAUGCAUCCUCAGUCUCUAUGCUGAAACUUCAACACCAACAUUUUAUGGAGACUUCAAGAAUGACAAGAGAUUUACAGUUCUAAAGCAAGGAAGUCUUUUUGCUCUAACCAUAAAAGAUGCAAAGCCAUCGGAUACUGGAAUCUAUUACUGUGGUGCCCGUGACUAUGAUCUUAUAACUUUUAGUAGUGGGCUGUUUUUAAACUACAAAGGGGUGAAUACAAGACAACAUCAUAUUAAGCAGUUUUUGUCUGCAAUGGACUCGGGUACUCUGGUAAAUGAGCAUGAGUUUAACCCAGGAGACUCUGUGAAUCUUCACUGUUCAGUUCUCACUGAGAAAUGUGUAGGACAUCACAGCAUCUACUGGUUUAGACAUGAAUCGGGAGAUACACAUCCAGGAAUCAUUUACAAGCAUGGAAACAUAAAUGAUCAAUGUGAGAAGAGCUCUGAGAAAGAUUCACAUGUACAGUCCUGUAUCUACAAUCUCCCCAAGAAGAACCUCAGUUUAACUGGUGCUGGGACUUACUACUGUGCUGUGGCCAUGUGUGGAGCGAUUCUGUUUGGAAAUGGAAGUAGGCUUGAAAUUGGAGAACCAAUUUCUGAGUUCGUCUGGACUGACUUAAAGGUCCCAGUUUUGGUAGCAACAAAUAUCUUGUGGUUGGUGAUCAUCGCUAUCCUUCUAUGUAAGAGAGUACAAAAACGACAAAAAGCAUUUUCUGACACCCAGCCAUUGCAAACAACACUUUCUUCAUCUCCUGCUAAUGAGGGUGUAGCGGAGGAGUUGAGCUAUGCAGCAGUACAUUUCUCUGGAAGAAACUCAAGCAGACACGAGACUGAAAGAAGCUCAUACUCACAUGUUGUAUAUUCCACUGCUAGAUGCUCUAGUGCAUUUGCUGUGGGCACUUUACUGCAUGUGUCUCAACCAGAGUCAGCAGUGAGAGUUCAGCCUGGACACUCCACAACUCUUCACUGCUUCACCCCAGACGAUGGACACUAA